CUCAUUGUUUCGUGUGGAUAAAGUCGUGGUUGUCUGCCAUUGUAAUUUAGCGAUUUCCAGAAUCAGUGGGCAGUUGUAUUUGAAUUCAGCUUCCUGUAUACCUCGUAUAAUUCUUAAUCAAGUUGGGACCAAACUUGAUAUAAGAAUACUAGCCCUGAGUGGCUGAAAGAUGGCAGAUUCUGGUGGUGGCGAGUUGAAUGAGGAUGAAUUCCUGUGUUGCAGUAUUUGCUUCCAUAAAUAUGAUCUCCAGCUCAUGCGACCUAAAGUGCUGCCUUGCUCACACACAUUUUGUUUCACCUGUCUCAAGGCUCUCCAUUCAGGAAACACAUUGAAGUGUCCCGUGUGUCGACGCGAGGCCGUCAAAAUCACAAACGUUUUGACCUUACCGAACAACAAAUAUGUUCAAUACAUCAUUCAUCUCAGUGAAAAGUUACUGAAUGCUCAAGACCAGCAGAUAAAACGUAAUAAUAUCCCGGUACAACGUAUCUACGUCGGUGGCUGUACCGUCAAAGUUUCAUCAAACCCAGCUCCCAAAAAUUUGCGCGUUUUAGACUGGGGACGUUUGGUCAGUGGAUGCGCGUUUUUCAGUGGGAUGUUGCUCCUGCAAAAUCCCGAUAUUGUAUUCGUUAAAGACAUUGAUGAAGAUCUAUUACAUCUUCUUAAAAAAGCUUUUCCAAAGUUCAAGUUCAUAGCACCCGAAAAACUAAGAGUUGUAGUAAUUCUUAACGAAACCGUCUCUUAUGACUCCCACUUCACCAUAAGUCUUCCUGAAGAUGCAGGUAGUCGCCAAGAUUUCAUUCUCGAAGUGAAUGUGCAUUGUGGUCCUAUGAAACUCAAGUUAUUACAAACGGAAUUAAGAGAUUAUGUAGGAAGAGAACGUCACGGAAAUCAUUUGAAAGCCAUUUUCAGAGAAGCGCAGCAUACGGACAAAACUGUCAACGUUAUUUUGGGCGUAGGAGGAUAUGUGGGCUACAGAGAGCUAAUGAAUGCUGGAGGAUUGCCCACAAGGCUAAAGUGCAUGUGGGAGGCGUGCGGCAAACCUCAAAAAUGCAAAUUAGAAUUGACCUCGGACGUUGUCAGGCUUGAAAUAAAAAGUUUAAAUGAAGAGAACUUUACUGCCGAUUUGACUGGUUUGGACUACGUUUAUGGAUCUGAUCGCUUCUUUUGGUCCCCGUCACCAAAAGCAUAUUGCGUCGAUCCGAAGUCGUUCCGUGUUCUUUCUUUGCGCAACCAUUCGGUGAUUAUAGUAGAUUUGAUAAUCAAAUUUUAAUUAAGACACCUAGCAAAUGAAAUGAGAUUUUGUUAAAACAUGAAAUACUUUCAGUUGCAUUAAGCCAACUGCCAAUUACAGUUAAAUAAUAAAAUAUGGUUUCUCCCAGA